AUGCAGCGAGGGUGCUUGAGUGCAUCCCAGCCGUCGGGCCAUCCCUCCGAGGACACCACCCUCAUCCGUCAGAUCUUCGGCGGGACUUGCAGCUCUCAGAUCCAGUGUGUCCACUGCCUCGGUGUCUCAGACACGUUCGACCCUUAUCUGGACAUCAGCCUGGAUACCACCGCGGCUCAGAGUGUGGAGCAAGCUCUGAGAGAGCUGGUGAAGCCCGAGAAGCUGCACGUUGAAAAUGCCUAUGACUGUGGCGUUUGUCUCCGGAAAGUGCCUGCCACCAAGAGGUUGACUUUGCACAGGACGUCCCAGGUCCUGGUGCUGGUGCUGAAGCGGUUCACACAGGUGAGCGGGGCCAAAAGGGCUCAGGAAGUGCGCUAUCCCCAGUGCCUCGACCUGCAGCCCUUCACGUCUGAGCGGAAAGCAGGGCCACUGGGCUACGUGCUCUAUGCCGUGCUGGUGCACUCUGGGUGGAGUGGUGAGCGAGGACAUUACUUUUCUUUCGUGCGAGCGGGCAACGGCCAGUGUUAUAAGAUGGGCGAUGCCAAGGUGACGGCCUGUGAUGAGAGUGCUGCCCUGAGCCAGGGCGCCUACAUCCUCUUCUACUCCCGAGAGGGUGCGUGGCAAGGGGGUGCUGGGGGAGGGUCUGCGGCCCCCCUCACGCCUGACCCCACACACCCCGGGGAACCUGACCCUGCCGGCCCCGGGGAGCCUGUGGGCGAAGCCAGCGGCAGAGCUCCUGGGACACAGGUGUCCCCGGGGGCCACAGAGGUCGAAGGAAUCAGCUUAGAGCAGUGGAGACGCCUAAAAGAGCACAACCGGCCGAAGACGGCCUCCGACCUCUGGAAGAUCCAGUCGGCCCUGCCUGCCGGCCCAGUCGUGAUUCACCAGUCCAAACUCGGAGCAGGGAGAAACGGCAAGCUGCCCGAAGAGGAGCACGACCGGCUCGACCGUUCCAGCAUGCACAGCCCGCCUCCGGGCCCAAUGAGCGUUGGCAACGGCCCUUGUGCCAGCGGGAGGACCCGAGCGACCAAGAGGAAAAACAAGAAGUCGCGGCCAUCUCUGGGGCUGUGGCGGUAG